AUACAAAAACACACACACAAUUGCUCUCUCUUUCAACAUAAAGUUACUUUUUUUAAUGCAAACACAUGAACCUGAUCCCCUGUAGCUCUUAAUAUAAAUAGCCAUACAAUUCCACCCUUUCUCUUCAUUCAAAUGGAAGCCUCAUCCCAAAUCCACCACCACCACCCUGAGAUGACUCCCAACCUUACAUCCCCGCCUCCACGAGGCCGAGAUGGAGGCGGAGAUGACAAGAACAUCCUCGCCAUCACCACCACCACCGCUACCACAGUUGAAAUUACUAAAAAGAAAGGAGGUUACAUUUUGCUUUUGGUGCUAAACUACAUGUUUCUUUUCGUAGGCUCGGUUUCUUCAAGUUUGCUCUCGAAAUUCUACUUCAAUCACAAGGGCUCGAGUCGAUGGGUCUCGACUUGGGUCCAAUGUGCUGGAUUUCCUCUCCUUGUUCUUCCCAUUUUUUUACCAUUUUAUCUCUUGAAAACAACUCAGAGAAAGCCCUUCUCAGACAUAACUCCAAAGCUACUCAUGAUCUCUAUUCUUGUUGGGCUUCUUUUGGGCCUCAACAAUCUCCUCUUCUCUUGGGGAAACUCUUACUUGCCCAUGUCAACAUCUUCACUACUCCUCUCUUCUCAGCUCACUUUCAACCUCAUUCUCUCAGUCAUCAUAGUCAAACAAAAAAUCACAUUCUCUAAUCUCAACUGUGUAGUCCUCUUGUCUCUUGCCUCCGUCUUACUGGGCCUCACUUCGACCCACGACAAGCCCAACGGCCUGACCCGGGAAAAAUAUUUUAUUGGCUAUUUUUGCACCGUGGGGGCUGGGUUAUUAUUCGCGCUCUACUUGCCUAUUAUGGAAAUAAUUUACAAGAAAGUGUACUGUUACUCCAUGGUGAUGGAAAUGCAGCUGAUCAUGGAGGCCUCUGCGACGGUGCUGGCCACCGUGGGGAUGGCCUUGGACGGUGGUUUCUCCGAGAUGAUGCAAGAAAGUUCGCUAGGGUUUGAUCUAGGGCAACGUUUUUAUUGGUUGACAAUAAUUGGCAACGUGGUGACGUGGCAGCUAUGUUUCAUGGGGACGGCAGGGAUGGUCUUCUUGACCUCAGGGCUCACCGGAGCUAUCUGCAUGACGGCUUUGACGGGGGCUAAUGUGGUGGGAGGAGUGGUGGUUUACGGCGAUAAAUUCGACGGCGGGAAGGCGGUGUCGGCGGUGUUGUGUGGGUGGGGAUUUUGUUCAUAUGUGUAUGGAUUGUAUGUCAAGUCUAGACAAGGAGAGAAGGUUCAAGAAGAUGUUAAUGGGGUGAUUAAAGAUGGUGAUUAUAGUAAUAAGCAUCAUGAUCAUCAAGGUUUGGAAAUGAGUGAAGUUGUUGUCACUUCUUGAUUAGUUAGUUAAGUAAUUAUGGAAUUACUAUUAGCUAUGGUGAUUGAUUGUAAGAUACUAUAUAAGUAGCCAGAGCCUCAAGGUUUUGUAUGUUUUAAUUUGAUAUAGUAUACUUUUAAGUCUUA